GUGUCAGAGUCUCCAGGAUCCUGACACGUCAUUAAAUGGGACCCCAUAAUUUUGCAAGCGUUUUGCUUCUCUCAUACAUUUUCAUUUCCAAAUAGAGCACAAGCUUUUUCUCAAUCAUCAAUCUCCCUCGUCGUCAACUCCAAGAACAAAUUUAGAAGCAAAAAAAAAAAAAAAAUCAAAACCAUUGAUUCGAAAUGGCAUCGUGGAAUUCGAUUCCGCUAGAAAUAUCGUACGAGGUCGUAGGGUGGAUCGCGUUCACGUCGUGGUCGAUUAGCUUCUACCCGCAGCUGAUUCUGAAUUUCCGCAGGAAAAGUGUGGUUGGGUUGAACUUUGACUUCGUGCUGUUGAAUUUGACGAAGCACUCUUCCUAUAUGAUCUACAACGUCUGCCUUUACUUCAGCCCCAUCAUUCAAAAACAGUACUUUGACACUUAUGGCGAUCAAGAGAUGAUACCUGUGGCUGCUAAUGAUGUUGCCUUCUCAAUCCAUGCUGUUGUACUCACAGCUCUUACACUCUUCCAGAUCUUUAUCUAUGAACGUGGACCUCAGAAAGUAUCCAGAUUUGCUACAGGUCUUGUGGUUCUUGUCUGGGGUUUUGCAGCUAUCUGUUUCUUCAUUGCUUUACCUUCACAGUCUUGGCUCUGGCUCAUUACCAUCUUCAACUCGAUUCAGGUUGCCAUGACAUGCGUCAAGUACAUUCCACAGGCGAAGAUGAACUUCACUAGGAAGAGCACUGUUGGGUGGAGCAUUGGGAAUAUUCUUCUCGAUUUUGGUGGAGGACUUGCUAACUAUUUGCAGAUGGUUAUUCAAUCUAUUGACCAAAAUUCAUGGGUGAAUUUCUAUGGCAACAUUGGAAAGACUCUUCUAUCACUCAUCUCAAUAUUUUUCGAUAUCCUCUUCAUGUUUCAACACUAUGUGUUGUACCCUGAGAAGAAAUCCCCAAAAUCUCCGGAAACUGGUGAGGAAUCCAAUGAACCUCUCAUAGAUCCUUCUCAUGAACAUGUUUAGAAUCAAAGUCACAAAACCCUUCUUAGUUCCACAGCCUUCCCUUUGUACAAAAAAAGUAAAAGAACUCUUCGGACUUGUAGUUUAUCCACAUGUUGUUGUCUUAUUAUUUCAAUAAUUUCAGUGUAUCAUGUUUUAGAAACAACGAAUAUGUAACACUAUCUUGAGUUUCUUGUAAGAGCAAGACGAAUGAGAAUCUUUCUCGUCCUA